AUGGCGGACCCAGCGGCGGUGGUGGGCAUCUUCAAACUAGUCGGGCUGCCGCGCAGCACGGCCGACCUGGGCCGCGUUCUGGCGGACCCGUGCGCGGUCGAUGCUAGCAUGCCGCAGGGCGAUGGCUGGUCCGUGGUGGGCAUGACGGCGCUCCUCGUGGCGCCGCUCACGAAGCUGCAGGAGGAAUUUCUAGGCACGCAGCAGGCGGCGUAUAUGGACGAUCGCUCCUGGAAGAGCGCCACGGCGGAGAUGGCCGAGGUGGCGAGCUCCUGGCGAAGGUGGUCGGCAGCGCUGGGCCUCAAGGAGAACAGGAGCAAGGAGCAGCUUGGCCACCGCACGGAGGCGGGGCGGCGCCAGCUAAAGGCCCAGGCGGAGGUCGCAGAAUCCACGGUGCUGGCGCAGCCGCUGAUGCUGGGAUGCCACCUCCAGCCGGCUCG